AUGCAUGCCUUUUCCUCCCUCUUUCUUCUCGGCAGUUUUGCCUUCCAGGUUGUCCUGGGCCGCCCGGAUGCAUCUAGGGUGAGGUCUCAGGCUGAAAUCCUGAAGAGAGAUGUCGACUCCUUCGUGGCUGCCGAAGAGCCCAUUGCACUUGAGCAACUGCUGUGCAACAUUGGGCCAUCCGGAUGUCACGCCUCAGGAGUCGGUUCAGGUCUGGUCAUCGCCAGCCCUUCUCAAUCUGAUCCUGACUACUAUUAUCACUGGACUCGGGAUGCCGCUCUCGUGUUCAAGGCGAUAGUGGAUCGCUUCGUGAACAGCUACGAUGCAACCUUACAGACCGAAAUUGAGAACUACAUCGCCGGCCAAGCUCGUCUUCAGACGGUAUCGAACCCAUCGGGUUCACUGUCUGACGGCAGUGGUCUAGGAGAGCCCAAGUACAACGAUGACUUUAGUGCCUAUACUGACGCCUGGGGCCGUCCUCAGCGAGAUGGGCCAGCAUUGAGAGCAACUGCGAUGAUCACGUACUCCAAGUGGCUCAUAGCGAACGGCUACACAUCAACAGCAAGCACGGUGGUGUGGCCCGUCAUUCGGAACGACCUCGCAUAUGUUGCACAGUACUGGAACCAAACUGGAUUCGAUCUAUGGGAAGAGGUCAACGGAAGCUCCUUUUUCACUGUCGCUGCUCAACAUCGAGCAUUGGUCGAAGGAAGCAAUCUGGCCGAGGCCCUUGGCAGCUCUUGCAGCUACUGCGAUGCGAUAGCACCCCAAGUUCUCUGCUUCCUCCAAACAUUCUGGUCAUCUUCUAGUGGCUAUACGCUUGCCAACAUCAACGUGAAUAAUGGGCGAUCCGCCAAAGAUGCAAAUGUCAUCCUGAGUUCAAUCCAUGGCUUCGACCCAGCUCUGGGCUGCGAUGCGGCCUCGUUCCAGCCCUGCAGCGACCGCGCUCUUGCCUCCCACAAGGUGGUUGUGGACUCGUUCCGAUCAAUUUACACCAUCAAUUCUGGAAUAGCAGCUGGUAGUGCCGUCGCAGUGGGAAGAUAUCCCGAGGACACCUACUACAACGGAAAUCCUUGGUACCUCAACACACUGGCGGCAGCUGAACAGCUAUAUGAUGCAUUGUACGUGUGGAAUCAACAAGGGUCAAUCGAAGUAACUUCCACGUCCCUCGCAUUCUUUCAAGCCUUGUCUUCUGGGACCGCGACGGGAACGUACGCGUCGGGAUCUUCGACGUACACGACACUGUACAAUGCAGUCUCAACAUACGCUGAAGGGUUUGUCAACACCGUCGCAACAUAUGCGUCUUCGAAUGGGUCUUUGGCUGAGCAGUACGAUCGUAAUAAUGGAACGCCUCUAAGCGCUCGUGACCUCACCUGGAGCUACGCUUCUCUGUUGACUUGCGUGGCCAGACGUGCCGGGAUCGUCCCCAUAGGUUGGGCAGACGGGAAUGCUGCGGCAACCUCGGUACCAGGAACUUGUUCCGCAACUUCGAUCGUCGGCACAUAUUCGACGGCGACAUCGACAACUUUUCCCUCCAGCCAGACACCCAUCACAAGCGGGACCGGCACUACGACGGCCACAACCACUACCACAAGGCCGACAACUACGACUACGACAUCAGCAUGCACAACGCCGACUUCAGUCGCAGUUACAUUCAAUGAGCUCAAGUCAACCAAUUUUGGACAGACCGUCAAAAUUGUUGGAAACAUUGCGGCUCUCGGCUCCUGGAACACUGAUAACGCCGUUGCGCUGAGUGCUUCAUCGUACACCUCCAGCAACCCUCUCUGGAAAGCAACCAUAAAUUUGCAAGCUGGCGUGGUGAUUCAAUACAAGUACAUCGUUGUGAACUCGGAUUCAAGUGUUACCUGGGAGGCAGAUCCCAACCACACGUACACUGUACCAGCGUCUUGCUCAACCGCUGCCACAGUAUCCAAUACCUGGCAGUGA